AUGGAAGAUUCAAGCUUCACAGAUUUGAUGAUUAACACUGACGAGUAUUUGGUUGAUGACUGGGAACCAGAUUUCCUGGUGAUACCCGGAGAAACUACGGAUCAUCAGAGUACAAAACUGAGUUCUGGAUCCGAAUCCGGGUUCAGUUUGAUACCCGACAGACCAACGAAGCAUAUGAAAGUCAACUCAAAAUCUUCCUCUUCUCCAUCAUCAUCAUCUUCUUCAUGUGGUUCUCUCACAGCAGCACAAGUGAUCUCGUUCGGAUCUCAAGACCCGAAGAUGAGCGUUGUUGAGACAUCGUUUAGCUUCUCCAACCAAGCAAACAUGAAUCAGAAUGUUGGGUCCAAAAGAAAAGAGUGUGGUAAUAGUGGAGGGAAAAGAGAGCCACAUCUCAUGAAAGAACAUGUUUUGGCUGAACGUAAACGUCGACAAAAGCUCAACGAACGUUUGAUUGCUCUCUCUGCUCUUCUUCCUGGCCUCAAAAAGGCGGACAAGGCAAGUGUCCUUGAAGACGCGAUCAAACAUUUGAAGAAACUUCAAGAACGUGUAAAAAAGUUGGAGGAAGAGCGAGGAGGAACCAAGAAAAUGGAUCAGUCAGUUAUAUUGGUGAAGAGAUCUCAAGUGUAUGUGGACGAUGAUUCUUCGUCUCACUCUUCUACUUGCUCUGCCGCUUCUCCUCCAGCUUCUUCCUUAGACGAAGUUUCGAUCUUGAAGCAGACAAUGCCUAUGAUCGAAGCACGAGUUUCAGACAGAGAUUUGCUGAUCAGGAUUCAUUGUGAGAAGAACAAACGGUGUUUGAUUAAGAUCUUGAGUUCAUUGGAGAAGUUUCAUCUUGAAGUAGUCAAUAGUUUUACUUUACCCUUUGGAAGUUCAACUCUCGUUAUCACCAUUCUCUCUAAGAUGGACAACAAAUUUUCUCGACCUAUUGAAGAUGUUGUGAAGAACAUAAGACUAGCGUUGGCGGAAUAG